CAUGGAGCCCGUCCCUCCAGUCAGAUCCAACCUCUUGGGGAUUCUGCUGCUGGUGGUGAAGCUCUCAGUGCUGCUGGUCCAGAACCGGGUCCACCUCUACAAUCUCUUCCUCCUCAAGAUUCUCCUCUUCAAUCGCUGGCUGUCGGGGCUGGCCCAGGAGGCUUGGGGGUGCCGCGGCCGCCAGGCCCCUCCAGCCGCCAGCCCCCUGGGCUGGGCGCUGUGGGCGGGGCUGGGACUGCUCAGAGUCCCCGUUUGGUUGGGGCUGCAGGCGCCCCAGCUGGCCUGGGCAGGCAUGCGGCACUGUGCCCGGGCCUUGGGCCUGGCCCCCAAGUGGCUAGGCCUGUCUGUGGCCACCUGCACGGACCUGCUUCUGUCCGGCCUGCACGGUCUGAUGCUGGCAGGCUUGCUGCUGUCACUGCUGACCUGGAGGCUGUGCCGGAGGGCCCAUCGUCUCUGCAGCCUUGGCGGGCUGCUCAGCAAGGCGCUACUGGACAGCCGCGUGGUGCCGGAGCUCUGGGCGCUGCAGAGGCGUCUGUACUGGUGGGUGGAGACCACGACAGCGCUCACCUGGCACCUGGCCUAUCUCAUCACCUGGACCACUUGCCUCGCCUCCCACCUGCUGCAAGCCGCCUUUGAGCACACGGCCCAGCUGGCCCAGUCCCAGGACGCUGAGCCCCCGCGGGGCUCAGGAACCUUGUCUGCGUCCCCACUCCCCGAGCCCCUGGGCCCCGAGGCCGGGCCAGCCCUGCCAGAGCAUGGGACCCCUGCAGAAUAA